GUCUGGAUCUUCGGGGACAUCGUUAAGUGAUGAUGAGAGCAGUGAUGAUGAGGAGGCCCCUGCCAAGGUUGGAGUCAUAUCCUUAGACACUAGCAUGCUGGAAUCCUUGCAUGCCCUGGGGUCCUUGGAAGAGAAGAAUGUAAUGAAGGCAUUGGACAAUGCAUAUGUGCUUGCCCGCAAGAGGGGGUGCAAUCUCCCCAAAGAGUCUGUUCGCAAUUGGCACGAGCUAAUGCCACAUGUGGCCAGUCUGAAGAAUGCCUACAGGGACCGGCCACCUCCUCGUCGCAGACGUGAAGAUGAUGAUGAGGAAGAGCCUGCUGAGAUGAAGUUCUUCCGGGAGAAGGUGAUGGAAUGGUUAUUGAGGAGACAGUACCCCGAAGACUCCGCCAAGCUGGCCGAUCUAGAGAUGUGGUGGUAUACCACCACGGCCCGAGAACUGGGCCAUGUGACCUCGGAGAAGCAAUCACCAAGCGCCAUCGACUUCCUAGCAACAAUGCAGGAGGCUGUGCAGCUGGAGAAGCGGUUGGCUUCCAAGACUUCAUCUAGCAAGGCGUUGAAGGACCUGUUGAAUUCUUCGAUUGCCCAGUACAACAAGUUGGUGACGAAGAAGGAGCAUCGCAUUGAUGGGCGGAAAAAAAUCAUGGUGUAUAACCUGCUGAGAGCUCCCACUGGCUUUCAUCAGACCAAGACGGAAAAGGUGGAAAAAUCUGAGGGGGAUGUAAAGAUGGAGAGCAAAGAAGAGGACUCCAGCAUGGACAGCGAUGCGGACGAGGAUGAGGAGGGCGAUGGCGAGAUCAAAGAAGAUGCUGAAGUCCGCGAUGGCUCCGUGUACGGGAAAAGAGAUGGCUAUUUGGCUGGGCUGGCAGUGACCAGCAGCACAAAGAACAACAUCUUCAAGAACACCAAGGGCUGGAAAUCGGGCGCCAUCCAUGGAGUGGAGAUGCUUCCGCGGGGCUCGAUGCAAAAGCCUCCUGAAGUUGCAGGUGGCACAUCGAUCAUCCACACUUCUUUGGAAAGCUUCCUGCCCAAAACGGUGGCCACGGUGGUGUUGAUUGAUUGUCAUGCAUACGAUGCUUGGCCAGGCUUGGCAACCUUGGAGGCAGCAUCACAAGGGACGCGGAUGAUCUGCGGCACAAUCUGCUUGGAUAUUGGAAGCGAGGCCAUUACAAAGAAGCUUGCAUCUCGCAUCUACGAGGAUGCUCGCAGCGGUGCGCUGGAGCUGCCUAAUUUUCCGCAGUUUGCCCCUCUGGUGGCAGCAAUGAAGGAUGAUGUCAAAGCAACCUCCCACCGUGAGUAUCAUGUGUGUGUGCAGCGCCAAAGUGCCCUGGCCAUCCUGGAAAGCUACGCCUCGAAGUUUAUGGAUUCAUCCGUGACAAAGGAUGAAGCUGUCGCUGCAAUUGAAGCCCACAAUGAAAAGUACAACCCCGAUGGUGAGUUUUGGGUGGAGACCGCCAGGACUGGAUCAGGGGUUUUGUAA